ACACCCACCUUCCUUCCUCGGCUCCUCCUCCCCGGUCCUCCUCUGCCCCGUCGCGUCCGCCCCGCGCCGCGGCAACUUCCACCGCCUCUGCCGCCGCUGCAGCCGCCCCACUUCCCUAACCCCACGCGCCCGCUCGCUCCGCUGCCGUCCACUCCGCCUCUCCCGCUGCUUUCCUCCGGGCGCCUCGGCCGCGCCGCGGCGCCUUAAACCCUAGAUCUGCGCCCCCGGCUCUACGCUGGCCGCGCCCGCACCCCGACGCCGGCGCGCCGCCGAUCGCCGCCCGUCGCCCGAUCCCAGUUUGUAGGUUUAGUUGCUCCAAGUUUAGAUAGCUUCCUUCAAUGCAUCGUGUUGGGAGUGCUGGUAACACGGCCGGCUCGACUCGACCGAGAAAGGAGAAGCGCUUCACAUAUGUGCUUAAUGAUGCUGAUUCUAAAAAGCAUUGUGCAGGGAUCAACUGCUUGGCUUAUCUAAAUGGUUCUGCAUUUAGUACAAGUGAUUAUCUUUUUAGCGGGAGUCGUGAUGGUACCUUGAAAAGAUGGGAAUUAAAUAAUGGGAAUGCAAGCUUCUCAGCAACUUUUGAGUCACAUGUUGAUUGGGUUAAUGAUGCUAUCAUAGUUGGUGAAAAGCUUGUUUCCUGUUCCUCAGACACCACCCUAAAGGUGUGGAAUUGCUUCUCUGAGGGUGCCUGUACUAGGACUCUCCGCCAGCAUUCUGAUUAUGUGAUUUGUCUUGCUGCUGCCGAGAAGAAUAGCAACAUUGUCGCCUCUGGUGGUCUUGGUGGUGAGGUCUUUAUUUGGGACAUUGAUGCUGCUCUUGCUCCUGUAGCCAAAUCUGUGGAUGCAAAAGAGGAUGAGGUUCCUAAUGGAAACUCCGGACCUGCUUUGACAACGUUGUGCAAUGUAAAUUCUAGUAGCAACAUCGCUUCCUCUAAUGGACAAACACAUGGUUACAGUCCAAUUACUGCCAAAGGACACAAAGAUUCAGUUUAUGCACUGGCUAUGAAUGAUACAGGAACCCUUCUUGUCUCUGGUGGCACUGAAAAGGUUGUUCGAGUGUGGGAUCCCAGGACAGGUUCAAAAAAGAUGAAGUUGAGGGGGCACACGGACAAUAUCAGGACCUUACUUCUUGAUUCCACAGGAAGGUAUUGUCUAUCAGGAUCUUCUGAUUCGAUGAUAAGACUAUGGGAUCUAGGACAGCAACGUUGUGUUCAUUCUUAUGCUGUGCAUACUGAUUCAGUUUGGGCACUUGCGACUACUCCUUCAUUUGGGCAUGUCUACAGUGGUGGAAGAGACCAAUCUGUAUACCUGACAGAUUUGUCCACAAGAGAGAGUGUCUUACUCUGCACAAAUGAAUACCCUAUUCUACAGUUGUCUCUGCAAGAUUACACAAUAUGGGUUGCAACAACGGAUUCUUCUGUUUAUGGAUGGCCAGCUGAAGGGCACACACCCCAAAAGGUCUUCGAAAAGGGUGGCUCAUUCUUAGCUGGGAAUUUGUCAUUUUCAAGGGCACGAGCUUCUUUAGAGGGAUCAGCACCUGUGCCUGUGUACAAAGAACCAUCUAUUGUUAUCCCAGGAGUUCCAGCAAUAAUCCAGCAUGAGAUAAUGAAUAAUAGGAGGCAUGUACUGACAAAGGAUACUGCUGGUUCUGUCAAGUUGUGGGAGAUUACCCGGGGAGCUGUUAUUGAAGACUUUGGCAAGGUUUCUUUCGAAGAGAAGAAAAAAGAGCUUUUUGAGAUGGUAAGCAUACCUGCCUGGUUCACCAUGGAUGCUCGAUUGGGAUGCUUGUCUGUCCACCUGGAUACUCCACAAUGCUUCUCUGCUGAAAUAUAUGCGGUUGACUUAAAUGUUUCUGGAGCACAAGAAGACCUUAAGAUUAAUUUGGCUCAGGAGACACUUCGUGGUUUGCUAGUUCAUUGGAGUAAACGGAAACAGAAGUCUAGUUCACAUAGUUUGUCGAAUGGGGAUAGUUCAUCAGGGAAAGAUGUUCUGUCAAAAGACUCGCCCCGGUCAAGAUCCGAGGUGGAUGAUGGAACCGAAAACCAUGCAACUCAUGUGCUUCCGUCAUUUGAGUUUUCUAUGGUUUCGCCUCCGUCAAUUAUCACAGAAGGUUCUAGUGGAGGGCCUUGGAGAAAGAGAAUUACUGAUUUGGAUGGAACUGAGGGUGAUCUCCCAUGGUGGUGUGUGGACUGUGUCACCCAUAAUCGAUAUCCAAAGGAGAAUACAAAAUGUGGCUUUUAUUUGCAUCCUGCUGAAGGCUCGCCUGCGCCAAACAUAACUCAAGGGAAGCUGAGUGCUCCACGGAUAUUGAGGAUUCACAAAGUAGCUAAUUAUGUGGUUGAGAAACUCGUUCUUGAUAAACCGUUGGAUGGAGGCUCUGACAGCACAUUUGCUAUGGGAUUGAGUUCUGGUCAAUCACAACUCUCAACGCUAGAUAGUUCUUCGCGGAUUGGACUAAAGCCAUGGCAAAAACUAAAGCCAUGUGUAGAGAUAUUGUGCAAUAACCAGGUUCUAUCGCAAGAGAUGAGUUUGGCUACAGUGAGAACAUAUAUUUGGAAGAAGCCGGAAGACUUGAUUCUUCAUUAUAGAGUGGUCCAAUCGAGAUGAUCGCAGCUUCAGAUGUACAUGCUCACUUGGUUCUCCAGAUGCGUUCAGCAUGUCUGCACCGUAGAUGGUGUUGUUUUGGUGGCGUUGAACUGUUGAAGAUACCUAUGGCUUAGAGAGAAAACCAUCACCUUACAGAAAUAUUUUGCUCGUGUCACCUUAGCUGUUCCUCGAAAUGCGACUUCUUUGUAAAGUUCCUAAUCUUGCCCUGCUAGUAAGAUGUAUCAUAGCACAGGUUAUAAGGUUCUCUGCUGGCUGCCAAGCUUGUAAAUGUAGAGACUGGGUGCUUAAUAAAAGAUUAAAUGUAUUUUUUUUCGUUCUCUUUUA